UAACGGCUCUGACUCUGAGGCUGAAUUCCGCCCGAAAAAUUUCUCCCGAGGACCCACAAGACCACGUCAACGUCAAGUGUCUCGCACCCCUGAAGCUUACAACUCUGCUGUCCUUCAUCUACAAACUGGAAGCAAUCAAGACGUCAAAGGAGUCAAGAAAUGGCAGAACAAACAUUUCUACGUGGUGCUAUCAAUGACGUAUUGCCUGACCUCACAGAGGUUUCAAAAGAAAUCCUCGAAGAAACUUUAAAGUCAAUUGGAGUGGAAACUUACAACGACUUCCAAUUUAUUGCCGAGGAUGACUUGCUAUCAGUGUUGAGGCCAGUACAAGCCAGAAAAGCCCUUGCUGCUAGGAAAUCCAGAUACCAGGAUCGUGAAAGCAGCAGGUCUCCAGUUUGUACUUCACCAGAAACUCCUGCAUCUCUGCAUUCUUCUUCCCCACUGAGCGUGUCAUCAAACUCCAACAGCAACCAGACAUCUGAAAUCGACUGGGUGGAUACCUUUGAGAUACCAUGGAGAAAGUUUUCAGAGGAACUGAUGCAAUCAUUGGAGAGAGGAAAACGGCCAAGUCCAAAAAUGAGGAGGGAGAUGGUCAGGAUUGUGGUAUCAGAAAUGAUGAAAAAAAGUUCUUCCAUAGGUAAAAGAAGUUCAACAGAAGUAGCAAAAAAGAUGGUGGCAAAAUAUCCAAAAUCUCUACAAGACGUCAUCGAGGGUGAUGUCAUUGGCCCUGGCUAUCAUUCUCUGGUCAAACAACUGCAAUAUCGACUAGAGAACGUGAAGCGAUCUGCAGUUCCCAAAAUAAGAAAGCGAAAGCACUGCUCUGAAAACUCAGACACUGAUGAAAUUACUCCAGAACAGCGAGCUUCGGUUCAAGACACUUAUGGAUGCAUCAACUGGGAUGUAAAAUUCCUGCCACUUGGAGAAACCCCUGAAAGCCAGCAGCUGAAGAAGGAAAAGCUUAAGACAAUGGUUCUCCAAAAGGAGGCAAAUCCUGAGGAAAUAAAGCAAUUAAUGAAGGCAACUUUCUACACACAGCGCAAAGAUGUUAACCAGGGGAAAAGCAUCCGAGAGAUCUUGAAAGAGUGGCCACUUUUAUUUGAAGAAGUUGGCAUGGCUGUCCACUACAAAGGACUAACUGGGCUUGGACUGAAGGAAACAUUCAUGCGGAACAUGGAUCUGAAGGGAAAACGACUGCUAAACUACAUGAACACUGUUUGUGUGAACAAGAACAAACGGUUUUUCCAGGCUCAAACAAAGCUGAAGAUGAUAAGAGGAGAACUGGACGGCUCUUCCGAAGAUGUUAAAGAGAUGGUGCUCCUACUUCUUCACUACUUUGAUGAAAAGGAAGAAGCAAUGUUUUUCUAUGUUGAGGACACAUGUCUGGCUGAAGAAGUACAGAUGGAAAAUGUCCCCAUGACACCUACCGUCAUUGUGUGUGGGCGAUCCUGCUAUUAUGCUAAACGGUUCAUGUUGAGUGUGGAUCAAGAAGUUGGGCACAACAACGUCUCCUGCUUCAUCUCUGCAUUUUGCAUGAUGUUUGGGAGCUACUACUGCCUGAACAUUCAUUACCCAUCAGGUCUAGCGUGCACACUGGAGUUUCUGCAGAGGUGUUUCUUCUCUAUCAACCCGGAAAAGGGCACCAAAGUGGAAGGAACCGGCAAAUCCAGACUGCAUGUGAACCCCCGAGUCCUCACCUUGAUUCAAGAACUUUCAGAUCAUGAGUGGCGUGAUGUCUGAAACUGGACUAAAGUCAGUGAGUUUUCCAACCAUGACUGAGACUGUUGUAAAGAAGUAACCACAUAAGAGUUUAGACUGCAUACAAGUGUUCACCAUUUCUCUAUUUUUGUUUUUGCUUUAAAGCAAAUCCAUUCUGAUUUUAAGUGCUAGUACCUUUGUUGUUCUAGAAAGUUGCAUUCUGAAAUUAAUGGUAUGUUAAAACUCUUGCUUUAUGACAGCAGAGUAUUUUUUUUUGUCCUUUGUAAAAAAAAAAAAAAAGAAAAAUAAUGUGUACCCCAAGGUCCUCACCUUGAUUCAAGAACUUUCAGAUCACAAGUGGUGUGAUGUCUGCAACUGGACAAAAGUCGAAAAAGAAAAAAAAAGUUUUCAAACUAUGAGACUGUUGCGAAGUAACGUCAUAAAAAUUUACACUGCAUUCAAGUGUUCGCAGUUUCUCCAUUGUUGUACUUGCUUUGUAGCAAAUCCAUACUGAUUUUUAGUGGUAGUAUGUUUACUGUUCUAGAAAGUUGCAUUCUGAAAUUAUUAGAAUGUUAAAGCUCUUCAUGACAGCAGAGUAUUUUUUUCCUUUGUAAGAAAAUUGUGGACCUUAAAACUUUUCCACAUAUUUUUACAGUUGGUUAAAUUAGGCUCAAAAUAAAAGUUUGAAAGGUG